UCUCAACUUAAAGGCAUCAGAAUCUGAUCAGCCGUGACCGUGAGGGUGACUGGAAUCCGAGUUCCGGGUGAUUUUGGUAAAACGGACAUGUGGUGGAGAUCUGCUUCUUUCAUUCUUGACAAGAACGAUUCAUUCCUUCGGGACGACUCUGAGACUCGUCUUCUCUCUCCACCACCCUCCUCCUCCAUGGCCCAAACCCUAGACCCUAACCUUACCAUAUCCCCUUACUACCAAACAAGAGCCGCUCACCAUGGAGUCGUCACCAGCGAUUGGCUUGCUCAGGCCCACGCUGCUGCCGGCCGUGACACCGCUACCCCAUCGUCUGAGCCUGAGGCUUCACUCAACUCCAUCGGUUCUGAUAAUUCCUUCAGCGUCAUUGACGAGUUUAAUAAUUGGAGGAAACAACCCGAUUUGGCAGAAGCUGUGGCCGCUAUUAGGGCUUUGGCUUCUGUUAUUAGGUCUAGCCAGGCCACUACUAUGAUGGAGCUCCAAAAUGAACUAAAGACGGCUUCGGAUUCUCUUAAGUCAUGGGAUAUGACGUCCAUUUCAUUGACGGCUGGAUGUGAUCUUUUUAUGCGCUACGUGACUAGAACUUCAGCUGUGGAAUAUGAGGAUUUCGAUUCAGCCAAGUCACGCUUCCUUGAACGUGCAGAGAAGUUUGGAGAGAUUUCUUACAAGGCUAGGAAAAUCAUUGCAAUGCUAGGUCAAGACUUUAUUUUCGAUGGCUGUACAAUUCUGGUCCAUGGUUUCUCUAGAGUUGUGCUGGAACUCUUGAAGACUGCAGCUGAAAACAGGAAACACUUUCGAGUUCUUUGCACAGAGGGACGGCCAGACAGGACAGGGUUAAGAUUGUCGAAUGAGCUUGCAAAACUUGAUGUUCCUGUGAAACUGUUGAUAGAUUCGGCUGUGGCUUACAGUAUGGAUGAAAUAGACAUGGUAUUUGUUGGGGCGGAUGGAGUGGUUGAAAGUGGAGGUAUAAUUAACAUGAUGGGAACAUACCAGAUCUCAUUGGUGGCUAAAAGCAUGGACAAGCCUGUUUACGUUGCUGCCGAGAGCUAUAAGUUUGCUCGUCUGUAUCCAUUGAAUCAGAAGGACAUGGUGCCGGCUUUACGACCGAUUGAUUUCGGGGUGCCGAUACCGUCGAAGGUUGAAGUGGAAACAUCUGCAAGGGAUUACACCCCGCCUCAAUAUCUUACCUUGCUUUUUACUGAUUUGGGUGUGUUGACACCAUCAGUUGUAAGUGAUGAGCUCAUCCAGUUAUACUUGUAGUGACUUGUGAUCAUAAUAAUAAUGAAACAGAUGAUGGGAACGAGUGAGCUUUGGGGUGAUGAAUCUUGUAAUUAAUCCAAUCUCCUGGGUUUGGUUGGGUUGGGUUAGUUUAGUUUUAUUGGAUUCUUAAUUGUUAUCUAAGAAUCCACAGAUAAUAUUAAAGUUGAAUAUUCAAUUAUGGUCGACAGAUUUUAAUUGAAUCGGAGGACUUCAUAU